AAAUAAAAGGUCCUGAAUUUGUGCGGCGUCUGGAAUGGUGGCAUCGUCUCGGUUCACGCAAGCUCCAUGAGGAAGAAUCGGAAUCGGGCAUCGUCUUGCAGCCGGUAAUGCGGCCGUAUUUCAACGCCGGAUAACAGAUUGCGUCAGUUGUAGCCGCGGUUUGUGCGGAGGAGGAGGAAGUUGUUUGCGUAUUUCCGGUGGCCGGAGGGGAUGUCGUUGAGGAUAAAAGCGGUGGUGGAUAGGUUCGUGGAGGAGCUGAAGCAAGCUCUCGACGUCGAUAUGCAGGAUCGGUUCAUGAAGGAGAGGGAGAUGCAGAGUUACAUCGAGGAGCGUGAGCGUGAAGUGGCGGAGAGAGAAGCCGCCUGGAAAGCCGAGCUCUCCCGCCGCGAGGCGGAGAUUGCGAGACAGGAGGCGAGGUUGAAGAUGGAGAGGGAGAAUCUUGAGAAAGAGAAGAGUGUUCUAAUGGGAAUUUGUGCGGAGGAGGAGGAAGUUGUUUGCGUAUUUCCGGUGGCC